AUGGUGCUUUGCUCCAAUGCCUGCGCGUCCGGGUCAGGAGGGGAGUCGUCCGGCAGUGAGGGCGGCUCCAGCUGCCUGCAGUUCGGCGUGCGCUCAUACCUGCAUCACUUCUAUGAGGAGUGCUCGUCCACCAUGUGGCAGAGGAACCUGGAGGACCAAGGCUUCGUCCAGAGGUCUGCCCUGUGCUGGAACGCCGCCAUCUGGAAGGUGUCCAUAGCCGUGGGUCUCCUCAUCCUCACAGCAGGAGUCAUCAGUCUGUCCGUCGGUUACUCCACUCCGCAUAAAAUCGAGUCUUUUGGGGAAGGCGACCUCUUCUUUGUGGACAACCAGGCUAUUAGUUUCAACCGGGGGCUUCACCAGAGCAGGGCGGCUGGCAUCGGGCUCUCUUGCCUGGGUGUGGCGCUGGCUGCCAUGGGGCUGGUGGUCUGGGUCCUGCCCUGGGCCGACUGGAAGAACAGGCCAUUCAACAGAGCAGAAAAUGGGGAGAGCAGGAGGGAGUGGAUGCCCAAAUGGAUGGGUUUCACAGACGCAGGGGAUGUAGUCACCAAUCCCCCGGUUUUAGACAAAGAAAAAAUCCCUGUAACUCUGUCCAAAGUGGAAAAUGUUCAACCAGCUUCGUAA